UUAAAAUUCUGACAGCAGCACCUGAUUUAUAAACAAAGUCAAAGAUUGCACUUCGGUGCAACUCAACGCAUACAAUUAUGACAAUUCAUAAUUUAUAUAUAUUUUCUAGAAAUGGUUUGUUGUUAUAUUAUGCUGAAUGGAAUAGAUUGAAUAAAUCUGGAAUAACGAAAGAAGAGGAAGCAAAAUUGAUGUAUGGAAUGUUGUUUUCCAUAAAAUCAUUUGUAAGUAAAAUAUCACCGUUGGAUCCAAAGGAAGGUUUUUUGUAUUACAAAACAAGUAAAUAUACUUUACAUUAUUUUGAAACACCGUCUGGUUUAAAGUUUGUUUUAAAUACGGACAAUGCAACCCAAAAUGCAAGAGAAUUGUUGCAACAAUUGUAUCGCGAGGUAUAUUUGGAAUACGUCGUGAAGAAUCCACUUUGUCAACUGAAUGAACCGAUACAAAGUGAAUUAUUUAAAUUAAAAGUUGACGAGUUGUUUAAAAAGUCGCCAUUAUUUUUAAGCAGAUCGUUAUAACCAAAGAAAUUCAGAAAAAUACUUGUACAAUUAAUAUUGUAAAAUAUUAUUAUUAUCAUUAUGAGAAAGAGAGA